AUGCGAGGGGAGUUAACACAGGAGACGGCGGUGGAAGCUCCGGCGAGCGCGGUGUGGGAGGCGUACCGCGGGCUUGAGCUGGCAAGGCUGGUCACUGAGCUGAUGCCGGACACCAUCGGCCACGCCCAAGUCCUUGAAGGCGACGGCGGCGUUGGCACCCUCGUCAACCUCACUUUCCCACCGGGGACUCCUGGGGCGGGAUACGUGAAGGAGGUAUUCACGGUGGCGGACGACGAGAAGCGGGUGAAGGAGACCGAGACAGUCGAGGGCGGCCUACUAGCUCUGGGCUUCGACUCGCUCCGAGUCCGCCUCGAAAUCGCGGAGACCGGUGCCGAGUCCAGCGCCAUCAAGUCCACGCUCCUCUACGAGGUGGACGACGCCAAACCUGAGCUUCUCGCCUAUCUCUCCACCGACCUUUUGGAACGCAUGGCCAAAGGGAUAGCCAACCAUGUCGUCCAGAAUUACAACAACAACAAGAAGAAGAAGAAAUCGCCAUCCCUCUCUCCGUCUGAAUGA